AUGGUACGUCUUCCUCUUCACGAACUUUUUUUCAAAAAUCCGCAUAAGGUUUUAGUGCUUGAUGGCGGUCAAGGCACGGAAAUGGAAAACAGAGGCAUCAAGGUUGCAAACCCUGUGUGGUCAACCAUUCCCUUUGUUGACAGGUCAUUUUGGGAAGAUAAGUCGUCUGCCCACAGAAGAAUAGUGGAAGGAAUGUUCGACGACUUUAUGAAGGCAGGCGCCGAAAUUCUGAUGACCGUCACUUAUCAGGCCAGCUUCAAAUCCCUAUCAGAAAACACACCUAUCAAAACUCUUCCCGCCUACACCAAUCUUCUCACCAAAAUCGUCGACUUUUCCCGUGAAUGUAUCGGGGAAGACAAAUAUCUAAUCGGCACGAUUGGGCCAUGGGGUGCGCACGUUUGUUGCGAGUUUACCGGAAAUUAUGGUCCACAUCCCGAAAGCAUUAAUUACUAUGAAUACUUCAGGCCGCAAUUAGAAAUUUUUAACACAAACGAUAAUCUCGAUCUGAUUGGAUUUGAAACCAUUCCAAAUGUUCACGAGCUGAAGGCAAUUUUGUCGUGGGAUGAAAGCAUUUUAUCGAAGCCUUUUUACAUCGGCCUUUCUGUCCACGAAAACGGCGUUUUGAGGGAUGGAACAACUAUGGAGCAAAUUGGAGAUAUAAUAAAAGGUCUUGGAAACAGGAGAAACCCCAAUCUUUUAUUAUUGGGAAUCAACUGCGUCAGCUUUAACGAGUCCCCGGACAUUUUGGAGUCUCUGCAUCGAGCACUUCCUGACAUGCCUCUACUGGCCUAUCCAAAUAGUGGCGAGGUAUACGAUACAGAGAAAAAGAUUUGGAAUGCAAACAGCGACAAACUGAACAGUUGGGACACAGUGGUUAAGAGAUACAUUGAUUACGGGGCUCGCAUCAUCGGCGGCUGUUGCAGGACAUCUCCAGCAGACAUCGCUGAGGUGUCUGCUGCAGUAAAAAAGUAUACUUGA